GUGAAAUUGAUCAAACCAAGGAGCUCUUGGAAAAAGGGGCAAGUUUUAAUGCAGAAGAUAAAGAUAAAGAAACACCACUCCAUGUAGCUGCAUCAUUUGGCCGGAAGGAUGUGGCCGAAGUUCUCAUCAGUCAUGGGGCUAGUGUUAAUGCAGAAGAUAAAGAUAAACGAACGCCACUACAUGAAGCUGCACUAUGGGGCCGGAAGGAUGUGGCCGAACUUCUCAUCAAUCAUGGGGCUCGUGUUAAUGCAGAAAAUAAAGAUAAACGAAUGCCACUACAUGAAGCUGCCAGCCGGGGUUAUAAGGAUUUGGUCGAACUUCUCGUCAAUCAUGGGGCUAGUGUUAAUGCAGAAGAUAAAUAUAAACGAACGCCACUACAUAAUGCUGCCAGCGGAGGUUGGAAGGAGUCGGCCAAAUUUCUCCUCAAUCAUGGGGCUAGUGUUAAUGCAGAAGAUGAAGAUAAACGAACGCCACUACAUGAAGCUGCCAGCCGGGGUUAUAAGGAUUUGGUCGAAUUUCUCGUCAAUCAUGGCGCGAGUGUCAAUGCAGAAGAUAAAGAUAAACGAACGCCACUACAUGAAGCUGCCAGCCAGGGUGAGAAGGAUGUGGUCGACCUACUCAUCAAUCAUGGAGCUCGUGUCAAUGCAGAAGAUGAGAAUGGAUUGACUUCACUUCACAUAGCUGUAGAAAUUGGUCGAAAGGAUAUUGCACAGCUUCUCAUCGAUCAUAAAGCCACUGUUGAUGCAAGAAGUAAAAACAGCAUGACGCCCCUUCACGUAGCUGCAAAAUUUG